AUGUGAACUUUGACGUGUCCUCUCAAAGCCCCUUUUCACCUUUGGCUCUAUUGACCCGGCAGUGAAUGGGGUAGGACUUGGCGCGUCCUCAUUAUCUCACUUCGUAUUCAUCUUAUACUUAAAUUUGUUCAUCCUCUGUUUUUGCCCGAAAUCUGCAAUCUUGCGGAUCUUGUGAGAGAGGGAGAGAGACUCUGGAAUGGCGUCGGAGGCACUGAGCAGGAAGGUGUGGAGUACAGGCGGGCUGAGGCGGUUGGAGGGUGGUGGAGUAAGCGUCAAAAAUGGAGAUGGACAUCGCUUUGGUACUUGCAAUUCGAUUCACUCACAGGCAAAUGCAGGCGAGGAAAGGGUGCGUGCAGCUCCGUCCUCUUCUCCGAGAACGAGCUCGCUCAUUCAAUCAGGAGAGAGCGCAAUUGCGUUUGGAUGGACUCGACAUUUGCGGGCUGGAGCAGGAGGCAGUAGCGCGAUUGGGAAUGACCCGUGGGGUCGGAAGAACAUCACUGACAAGGAGUAUAUGUAUAGAAGUUAUGCAACAUUGGGAGCUGAUCAAUGUUUCGGGCAUCGAAUUGUUGAUGCACUACGUUUGGGUGAGAGAACCAGAGCUUCCAAUCUUCUUUUGUAUCUUGGCUGUGGGAACCAAUCACUACAUAUCCUUGAUUAUUGUGCCAGAUCAUCAGACGCUUCGUUUGCUAUGGAAACUUGGAAGUUGAUUAAUGAGAAGAAGAUCAGCAUGGAUGAAAGAUGCCACGUUCUUACUUUGCAGGCACUUUGUAGAGGUGGUUGCUUGGCAGUGGGACUUAAUUUACUAGCUAAUCUCGGAGAAAGUCAUCACGUGACUCAUUUAUUGGAUGUGUAUAAUUAUUUCCUGAGGGCCUGUGUUGACGUGCGAAGUGAGCUAUACGCCGAUUGCUUAGAUCUGAUGGAGCACCGGUUUGUGGGGAAGAAUGAAGCAACUUAUUUGGAACUGCUCGAGAUUGCUGUGUGGAAGCAAAGUCUUUCUGCAGUGCGUCAUAUUUGGAUGGACUAUAGCAAGCACUACAAUUUGGACCUUCCUUCAUUAAGAAAGUUUAUUUGGUCUUUUACAAGGUUAAGAGAUCUAAAAUCUGCGUAUGAAAGUCUGCAACUUAUGGUAGCUUUGGCUACUGAAGGUACUUUAUCUAAUAGAUAUACAGAGAGAGGUUUGCAUUCUCCGAAGCUAGAUAUUCCAAUACCUUCCCUGAGUGAACUACGGUUGGAGAGAUCUGACAAGGAAGAAACUGAACAUAUAUGUGACAAAAAGGAUGGUCUUUCCAAUAACAUGGGGCUAUGCACUACUCAUGGUCCUAGAAAUGAAGUCACGUGCGUUGGAAUCAACAAACCAAAUCCUAAAUAUUUUGCAUUUAGGAAUGUGCUGAGCCAGUCAUUCACUGAGGUGAUAUGUAGCUGUGCACUAACAAGCAACCAUAGCUUGGCGGAACAGUUAUUUCAACAGAUGCAAAACCUAGGGUUGCAACCAUCAAGCCGCACAUACGAUGGAUUUAUCAGAGCGAUUGUUACUGAAAGAGGUUUCACUGAUGGUUUGGAACUGUUGAAAAUAAUGCAAAAGCAGAAACUGAAGCCAUUUGACUCUACCCUAGCAACCAUUUCAGUGAAGUGCAGUGAAGCCUUAGAACUGGAUUUUGCUGAGGCUCUAUUGUUUCAAAUUUCUGAACGUCCGCAUCCCUAUCCUUUUAAUGUUUUCCUUGCAGCAUGUAAUGCAGUGGAUCAACCCGAGCGUGCAGUUCAUAUAUUGGCAAAAAUGAAACAAAUACAACUUCAACCAAAUAUCCAGACGUAUGAGCUGCUGUUUUCAUUAUUUGGUACUGUGAAUGCUCCGUAUGAAGAGGGAAAUAUGUUGUCACAGGUAGAAGCUGCAAAAAGGAUAGAAGUUAUAGAAAUGGAUAUGGCCAAAAAUGGCGUCGAGCAUAGCCUUAUCUCAUUAAAAAAUCUGCUGGCAGCUCUAGGACAAGAGGGAAUGAUAGAAAAGAUGCUACGUGUGGCAGAAAGCCGUUUUCUUUGCAAUGGGACUUAUGUGGAAGCACCAUUAUACAACGCAGUGUUGCACUCCUUGGUUGCGGCUAAAGAAAGCCGCAAAGCAGUGGACAUGUUUAAGAAUAUGAAGCAGUGCAGUUUUUCGCUGGAUCCUGCAGCAUACUGUAUAAUGAUUGAUUGUUGUAGCAUAAUACAAUGUUACAGGUCUGCUUGUGCACUUGUUUCCAUGAUGAUUCGUGAUGGAUUUUAUCCCGGAACAAUGACUUACACAGCCCUUAUAAAGGUUUUGCUGGUCUGUGAAAACUAUGAUGAAGCUUUAAAUCUUCUUGAUCAAGCCAAAGCAGAAAGUGUUCAAUUUGAUCUCCUAUUAUUAAACACUUUUCUUCUUAAGGCUUGUGAAAAGGUCAAUGUUGUGCCAAAACUGCCUCAAAUAUUUGCCAGCUUGUCAUGGGACAGGACUAGUUUUGGCGAACUUAGGGAGAAGAGUUUCACGAUGUUUUGUGAGGGAUUGGCUGAUGGUUAAGCGUUUGGUGGAUUCAAGGUGAUUUUUUCCAAGGAGGGUCGAUUUCGAAACAAGAACUUGAAAUCACACGGUAGGUUUAGGUUCCUGGAUUGGGAACCGAACUGGGUAGGCUUGGAUCCGAAGCGGCCAGUUCGCAGGUCUACCUGUGAACGUGGUUGGAUUUUGUUUUUGGUUGUUGAAAGCAUGAAAAUGACCUGGGAACCUUGGUUUCUUGAAAGUAUUGUAAUGUCUACCUUUACCACCAUCAACACAUUCUAGAGGGGACACAGAAAAAAGCCUGAAGAGGGGAAAGGGAGAAAACUUGUAAGCUGGGCGAGCUUGGGGGGAGGGAGAGAGAGUGAUGGAAUGUUGUAGACGUAUUGGUUGAUCUUAGGCAAUGAGAGAUAUAUAAGUUUGCUUCGUGAUCUUUGCUUGCUCAUUGCUGCAAGUUUGUGACAUAGCUGCCGAGAGAGAUGUGCAUGGGAUUGUGACCGACUGGUUUAUGCGCACUCUCCCGGAUUGUGGUCACGGUUCGAUUCUGCAUGCAUGAAAGACUCUUCUUUUUUAAGUAGACUGAUUUACUCUUGGAACUGGCCUGAUUUUCCUGUUUGCCGGGGUUUCAUGGGAGGAACCGAGAACUAAACCAGUCUAAGCCGGUUCUUGGCUGGGACUCAACCAGGCUGAUUCCCGGGUUGAAGUGGAUCCAGGUCUCCCUUUAGCUUAGAGACAACAGAUUCUAUUUUCAAAUUACAUCUCGCGAAGUAGCUAUGGGAACACAUCCGUCAUCCUAUGGAUGGAGCGUUAAACAAUACACAUGCAUGGAUUGGUUUGCAUACAUCUCAAGGGAUUAGUCGAGCCGAACAAUUAUGAUAUUCCAUGUCAUAUUAGGGGGGACAAAAUAAAAACUUGCUAUAUCUUGAUCCAUUUUGAUUCCGUUAGAAUAUCGGAAGGUUUGGAGCACAAGUUGAGAGCCAUAAUACAUUCCAAAGGAAGAAUUUCCCAUUCUUAGAAAGCUUGGCUCCUUUUGGGUCCAAUUCUUGAUUUUGUGCUUUAUGGAGCUUGUAGAUUUGCAUAUCAGAGAAAGAAGGUAGAGAGGAAAAACCUAGACUGGAGGUAUUGUCAGAAAUGGCUCUGGCAUGACCUGGAUGGAUUUGAAGCCGAAAAGUUCAUCUACAGAUUGAGUGGUAAAAUUGUUCUCCUUACAAUUUAACCAAAAGAAAUGUCGGCGGCAACUGGCUGAAGCACUGGGGAUAUUAUAGGAUAUAUCGAGUUUGUGGUGCCUAGUGGGUAAUUGUCAUGAUGUUUUAUUGCAAAAUGAAUGGCACAAGUUGACCACAGGAGUGCUGCUUUGCUUCUUUCUUAGUUGUGUCUGUAUAGACAUUGACGUUGUUACACAGAAAGCCUUGCUUAUAAGCCACUGAGAAAGUCAAAUGCGCAUUCCUUAGUCAUAUUGGGGUUUGUUUUAUCAUGAGCACAUUGUAUUUAAAGCUCUCUGCUUCUCUAGAACUCGUACAAAU